CUAUAUAAACCACCGCCAGGAAGGCAGACCUCUUGCUGAUAAAAAAGAAAUCCAUUUUCCCCGCCAUUUUCCCUGCAUUUUCUCCUCCCAAUUCCUCUCGCUCGUUAGGGCUUUUUCUCUGUUCGAAAUCUCCCUCUCGAAACCCUAACUCUACCCUCAAUUGCCCUAAUUCCGUCCAUUUUCUGUUCGAAUUCGCAGGCCAUGACUGCUGUCAGAUGCUCUGCACUGAUUCUGACCGCCGUCUGAUCUAUGGCGGGUUCCAGUGAUGAGAUUUGUCGAGGUCUCGGCCAUGAGCGGUCUUGCCGGCUAUCAAACACGACGCAUACGGAGGUCGCUCCAUGCCUCCCUCUACCAUCGCUCCCAGUUUUCUGCGGUGCUCCUGAUCGGGAGCUUCGGCUGUUUGAUGAGCCAAGCAGCAGUGCCCGGUCACUGGACCGGCCGGAGAUUGUUGCACAGGCCAGUAGGAUUGCGGAUCUUCUUAGAGACACCGACAUUUCUUACCUGAAUCUUAGGGGUGGAGUAGGCCCUACUCCGUAUAUCUGUUCAGAGCCUUUAAACCUUUAUACCAAAGUUCUACAAUGCAAUUCCGACGCAUUCGGAUACUUCAUUCCAGGUCUUGUCAAAGAGGAGAACUGUCAUGAUUGGGUAUCUGAAAAGAAUUCAUUUCAGCAAAAUGUAACCAUUAUUAGCCACACGCAAAGAGAGUAUGAAGAAGUUAUUGAUCAUUCGAAUGGGAACCUUACUAACGAAACACCUAGUUCAGUUUCUUCAAGAAAACCAAAAAUAAAGAAGAAAGGAAGCAAUGAUGCUUCUUUCCCAAAGGGGCCAGAUUCCCCUGAGCUACAAGAUGGCAUUGUAGGAGGAUUUUGUGAGAUGUUGGAGGAUUUCUGUGGGAGAGCAGAAACCACUAAUGAUGAUCUGGACGAAGGGGAGGGUCCAUCUCUACCUCUAGCUGAUAUUAAAUUGCUUGUAAAUGAAAUAAUGUCCAUCCGUGGAAAGAAAAUCCUACACUUGGUUCCUGUAGAUGCUCUUGUAAGACUUUUAAAUGUUCUAGAUCGCCAGAUUCAUCAAGGACAAGGCUUGUCCAUUGAUGAAAAUGAAAAUUCUGAUUCAGACAUUGUGUCAUUGGUUAUUUGCGCUUUGGAGUCCACUCAUGCAUCUCUAGCAAUUAUGACUCACCAUGACAUGCCAAAGCAGCUCUAUAAAGAAGAAAUCAUUGAAAGAAUUCUAGACUUCUCCAGGCAUCAAAUUAUGGAAAGCAUGCUAGCUUGUGAUCCAUCAUAUCGUGCUCUGCAUAAACCAAGGGAAAAUGACAUAUUUGACGGUGACGAGGAUGAAGAGUUUGAUGCUGAUGUUGGUCCAGUGGGCAAGAGGCGUCGUAAUUUUAGGAGUGUUAAAAUGAAGAAGUCAACAGGGAACAAGGUUACUGCAGCUGUCUAUGCCAUUGUUCAGAAACUUUGCACUAUUCUUGGUUUUAUGAAGGAUCUACUGUCAAUAGAGCGUCUAUCAGAUAGUUGCAUCCUGCAGUUAGUGAAGACAAGCUUUGCGACGUUUCUGGCAGAUAACAUUCAACUCUUACAGUUAAAAGCUAUCAAUUUGAUCUGUGGGGUGUUUGCUUCAUAUGAACAGCAUAGGAAUUUUUUGAUUGAUGAAACAUUUCAGCUCCUUUGGAAGUUACCAUUUUCAAAGCGUGCUAUUAGAUCUUACCAUCUUCCUGAUGAAGAACAGAGGCAGAUUCAGAUGAUAACUGCCUUGCUGAUUCAGCUGGUUCAAUGUAGCGCAAAUCUUCCUAAAGCAUUAGGACAAACAUUAGAUGGUAAUUCCAUCCUAGAGGUCUCAGUUGAUGCCAACUACCCAAUUAAAUGCCACGAUGCUGCUACUGAGGCAUGUUGUAUCUUCUGGACGGGUGUUCUUCAGCGAUUUACAGCUGUGAAAUCUCAAGAUGUGUCUGAGUUAAAAGUGAUAAUGGAGAACCUUGUUAUGGAUUUGUUGACAACAUUGAACUUACCUGAGUAUCCUGCUUCUGCUCUUAUACUUGAGGUUCUUUGCGUCUUACUGCUCCAGAAUGCUGGUUUGAAAUCUAAAGACAUUUCUGCUCGUUGCAUGGGUAUUGACCUUCUUGGAACAGUUGCUGCAAGGUUGAAACGUGAUGCUGUCCUUCGCAGCAGUGAUAAAUUUUGGAUUUUACUGGAGGUGGUUGGUGAACAUUCUGAUGUGUCCACUAAUCCUAGAGAUGUAUGCUCUAUUUGUCUUGAUGGGAGAGGUGGAAAAAAUUUGAUCGUUUGUCAAGGUUGUGAGAGAUGCUUUCAUGCAGAUUGCACAGGAGCUACAGGACAAGAAGUUCUGCCCCGUGGUUGGUCUUGUCAACUUUGUCUCUGUAAGAAGCAACUUACUGUUCUACAAUCAUUUUGCAAGUCACACUGCAACGUUUCUGCAUCAAAGAAUCAGACUGUAACACAGAGUGCAUCUGAAGCAUCAGAUGGGAUUACCAGAUUGGAAGUUGUUCAACAAAUGCUUUUGAAUUAUCUGCAGGAAGCUGGUUCUACAGAUGAUGGGCACCUGUUUGCUCGCUGGUUUUAUCUGUGCCUAUGGUACAAAGAUGAUCCCAAAGCUCAAGAGAAAUUCACUUACUAUAUUGCUAGACUGAAAUCAAAAGCAAUUGUCCGGGAUUUUGGGACUAUUUCGUCAUUACUGACGAGAGAAUCAGCUAAAAGAAUAUCCUUAGCAUUGGGGCAAAACAAUUCCUUUUCGAGGGGAUUUGAUAAAAUUCUCUAUGUGCUUCUGGCCAGUUUAAGAGAGAGUUCUCCUGUACUAAGGGCCAAAGCUUUACGAGCAGUUAGUGUGAUAGUUGAAGCCGAUCCUGAGUUUUUAUGUGAAAAAAAUGUCCAAAGUGCUGUUGAGGGAAGGUUUUGUGACUCUGCAAUCUCUGUAAGAGAAGCUGCUUUGGAACUUGUUGGUAGGCAUAUUGCCUCGCAUCCUGAUGUUGGUUUGAAGUAUUUUGAAAAGGUUGCUGAACGAAUAAAGGAUACUGGAGUGAGUGUUCGCAAACGAGCUAUCAAAAUUAUCCGGGACAUGUGCACUUCAAAUGCUAACUUUUCGGAAUCCACGAAUGCUUGCAUUGAGAUCGUUUCUCGUGUCAACGAUGAAGAAACUAGCAUACAGGACCUUGUCUGCAAAACGUUUUAUGAAUUCUGGUUUGAGGAGCCUUCUGGUGCCCAGACUCAGUUUGCUGGAGAUGGUAGUUCUGUGCCUUUAGAGGUGGCAAAGAAGACGGAGCAGGUUGUUGAGGUGUUGAGAAGGAUGCCUAACCAUCAACUUCUCGUCACUGUCAUAAGGCGCAACUUGACACUUGAUUUUUUUCCACAAUCAGUCAAAGCAGUUGGGAUCAAUGCAGUAUCACUGGCAUCUGUACGCAGGCGCUGUGAACUAAUGUGCAAAUGCUUAUUGGAAAGAAUAUUGCAGGUAGAUGAAACAAUUAAUGAAGAAGUGGAGGUGCGGGCACUUCCCUACGUGCUGGCUUUGCAUGCAUUCUGUAUUGUGGAUCCAACCCUUUGUGCUCCUGCAUCUGAUCCAUCACAGUUUGUCGUGACUCUCCAGCCAUACCUUAAAAGCCAGGUGGACAAUAGAGUGGUGGCACAAUUGCUUGAAAGUAUAAUCUUUAUAAUUGAUGUUGUUCUGCCAUUGCUUCGAAAGCCUCCAACAAGCGUUAUUGAAGAACUUGAACAAGACUUGAAACAUAUGAUUGUUCGGCAUUCUUUCCUAACUGUCGUGCAUGCUUGCAUCAGGUGCCUUUGUUCACUAAGCAAAAUCGCUGGAAAGGGGGCGACCCUUGUCGAGUAUCUCAUUCAGGUUUUCUUCAAACGUUUGGAGAGCCUUGGAGCUGAUAACAAACAGCAAGUGGGACGGUCCCUUUUUUGUCUUGGACUUCUUGUCCGCUAUGGCAACGAGUUGAUGGUCACCUGUGAUAACCACAAUUUAACUGCUCUUAAGAGUGUCUCCUUGCUUAAAAACUAUCUUCGUGAGGAAGAUUUUAGCAUAAAGGUCCGAUCUUUGCAGGCACUCGGGUUUGUUUUAAUAGCGAGGCCUGAGUAUAUGUUGGAAAAGGAUAUAGGAAAAAUAUUAGAGGCCACUCUGUCUUCUAGUUCUGAUGCUCGGCUUAAGAUGCAAUCACUGCAAAACCUUUACGAAUAUCUUCUUGAUACGGAAAGUCAAAUGGAAACUGAGCAUGCCAGUAAUACUGUAACCCAUUAUCCUGAAGAAACUGGACAGAGAGUACCUGUUGCUGCCGGUGCAGGUGACACUAACAUCUGUGGAGGAAUAAUUCAAUUGUAUUGGAGUAACAUCUUAGGAAGAUGCCUAGAUGCAAAUGACCAAGUUCGCCAGUCUGCCCUUAAGAUUGUAGAAGUUGUACUGCGUCAAGGUCUGGUUCACCCAAUUACAGCAGUUCCAUACCUUAUAGCUCUUGAAACUGAUCCGCAAGAGGUCAAUUCAAAGUUGGCGCAUCACUUGCUAAUGAACAUGAAUGAGAAGUAUCCUGCUUUCUUUGAAAGCCGAUUGGGCGAUGGCCUUCAGAUGUCAUUUGGUUUCAUCCAAUCCCUUGCUAGCUUUUCUGUUGAAUCAUCCAACCAAAAUAAGGUACCUGGAAAUGUGAAAGGGAAAUCUGAUAGCAGCAUUUUUGCUCAUUCAAGGCUUGGGAUUUCUCGAAUCUACAGGCUUAUUCGGGGAAAUCGUGUCUCAAGAAACAAAUUUAUGUCGUCUGUCGUACGCAAAUUUGAUUCAGGAAGCUCGAACCAAUCAUUCACUCCCUUCCUUGUAUACUGCACUGAAAUUCUUGCUUCCCUUCCAUUCACGUUACCCGAUGAGCCUCUUUACUUGAUCUACACAAUAAAUCGAAUCAUACAAGUUAGAGCUGGUGCACUUGAAUCAGAAAUGAAAGCCUUGUGUUCCCGCUCCUUGCAAGGGGAUGCGACAAAAAUAUCUCAAGAAAAUGGUGUGGUUCAGGACAUGGGAGCACUCAGCAUCUGUGAUAGCAAUCACACAGAGGUUGCAAUGAUGCAUGCCAUGAAUUCAAUUGAUUCUUGUGGCAUUUCCAGAGAAGAUCUGCAAAAAUUUCAGGAUGCUUGUCAUGCUGCAAUAGCUUUGCAACUUCUUUUGAAGCUAAAGAGACACUUAAAAAUUGUCUACAACCUAAAUGAUGCACGCUGUCAGGCUUUUUCUCCAAACGAGCCUCUAAAGUCAGGAGAGACUCUCUCCAGGCAAAGCAUUCCCUUUAACAUCAACGGAACUCCGAUCAGUUUGCCAACCACAUACAAAGAGAUGACUGAAAAAUACCAGGACUUCAAGGCAUCUCUGAAGGAAGACACCAUAGAUUACUCUGCCUAUACGGCUAAUAUCAAAAGGAAGCGUCCGCCUCCCAGAAGUUCAAGAGGUGGGAAAUCCAUCCGUGAAACAGGUGAUGAUGAAGAGGAUGACGACGAUGAUGGAGAUUGGACCAGUGGGUCUCGGAGGCUUAGUGGUGGUGGCCAGAAAAGCAAUGGUGGCAGGAGGACCCGGCAACGGUUAUAGGUAAACAAAUAGCUAAUCUGUACAUUAUCUUCGCAGUUGUAGGACGUAGGGGAAAUGAAAUUGAGAAAUAUAGGGAAAAGAGGGGGGGAAGGAAAAUAGCUCCUACUUUAGUGGAGCUGUAUCCAUUCUGUAUUUCAUGUGUGUGUGGCAGUGCCUCCAUACAAAUCAUAUUCCACUUCCCUUUUUAAAUGAAAUCCAUUUUCAUCAUAUAUUAGAGGCUUGUGUGUAUCUUCAUUAGAGUUACUGCUGGCACAGGUAGGUCAGAAUCACAUGUAUAGGGUAAGGUCUUUUGGCAUAUUCCUUUUAACCAUUGGAAACAAAGAAAAUAGCUUCUGGUUUCUGUUGUUGGUUGCAUUUUCUUCCAUUUGUUCUGUAUACUUUGUAUAGUAAUACAGUCGAACCUGGGAGAGCAGAGGGCGUGGAUAGAUAUCACUCGAAUUAAGGAAGUCAUGUCAGGUCAGAAAAGUGUAUUUCAACUUUUGAAAUAAUUGUCAAAUUGCAUUGAACAAUGGCUGGCACCAAUACUGCUACUAAAUAGGGCAAUGGAGGCCAUCCUAUCCUGUCUGGUUACUCUUUUGUUUCUCAUUCCUCGUGGUUGUUGACAGCUGGAUCAAAUGUGACACGUUACCUUUCCACCUUUGCGAUUCUUUAGAUUCUUUAUUCUAUUGAAGAGUGAUUUUUAUUUAUAGAGAUGCUUAAUGACU